UCUGGGAGGAGUCCACUAUCUCGGCGUUGGCAGUGACUCGUAACCUAGACUGCGUUGGAAAGCAUGGGACCACGGUGGGUGAGACCCGGAGACAGCGCUGGUGUUAUCAGACAAAUUACAUAGACCACUAAGUGUAGCCAUUGUUUAUGAGUUUACGCAAAAUACGGAACACUAUUCAACGGGAGUUAAGAACAGUCUUCUCUUGACAAUAUUGUAAACCGAUGAUCCUGGCUGUGCAGCAGGAGGACAUAGUGUUGUCUGAGUUGUCUGAGAGCGGAGGAGUUCAGGACCACCAUGCCCGCUGGAAGGCCACACUCUGACAAGACACUGUAGGACACACAGAUCGCAAUGGGAAACUCUGAGAGCCAAUACAGCCUUCAGGGGCCCAAGGGCACCAGCUUAAUCCUCCCCGGGAAACAAAAACCCUACUCACUAAAGUUCCGCUCAACCAAAGAGGAGGUUCUUUCCCCCCAUACGUGGUGGAAAGGUGGGCCAGGGGGCUCGGGUUACAAAGCCAGGACUGUUGGCCGAGGCUGCCUCUCCCCCCCGCAGAGGAGAGGAGAACCGUACGUCACCAGACACUACGAUUAUGUCACCAUGGGGGUGAAGGGCAGUCCAAACUGCCGUCGUUGGCAUGACUCCCCACCAGGAGGCGGCUCACAACUCCCGUCUGAGAAUGGCUGCUGCCCAUUUGAAGGCAGUGGACGCCUGGACAGUAGAGCAUCAGGGGAGCUGAACGACCAUGCUCUGAACGGACACAGGAACCCAGAGAGGAUGCCAGGAGAGGGUGAGGGGCUGGAGGAGCAAAGCAGUCCCAGGGUGGUCAUCAAGAAGGAUGGUAGUUUGAGGGUGGAGUUCACCAACACUAACAGUGGUCUGCUUCUGGACGAGGCCUCUGGGCCGGUGCAGCUGCUCAAAUUCUCCCCCACCCUAGAGUCCACCUCAAGCCUUCCUGGCAGCAGCAGGAGGCCCGAGGCCCACCACGGAGCUCCGCAGCCAGCCUCAACCUCCACCACCAGGACCAGCAAGGGCAGCUCGCUGAGCUCCGAGGGGUCCUGGUACGACUCGCCCUGGGGGCACAGUGCGGACCUCUGCGACCAGGACCAGACCUGCUCCCCCAGUAGGACUAUGGGGAACAGUGGGGCUGACCAGUUAGAGGCCUUUGGCCAACAGUCUCCCCUAGUGUCCAUCUCAGAUCUCUACAGGGACCCUAGUAUGGCUGCCACCUUCCCCACGGCUAAGGACCUGUCGGCCCAGUACAGGGAAUCCCCCCAUCACAUCCAGCACCGGGCCUCCUUUGUUUCGGCCCUGGACGUGCCUACUGAGGAGGAGUGCCCGGAGGCCAGGCAGUACUCGUCCUACACCCUGCCCUGCCGUAAGGCCCGGCCCAGCGGAGAGCGCUCCACCCUGAAGAAGGGCUCUGGCGCAGUCAGAAGUCGCAUGAGACGCCUCAGCGACUGGACUGGAAGUCUUAGCAGGAAGAAGAGGAAGACACAGGGUGUAUACAGAUCUAUGAACUAUCUUCAUGGCUUGGAGCCCCGGUAUAAGGAUGGCAGCGAGGUCUUUGACAGUGGAGUGGAUGGCCUGACAGCUGACACCAGCUCUCCCUCCCAAGUAUCCAGCCUGUGGUACCCUGGCGGUGUGGGGGCCUCCCGGGCCCAGUCGGCAGGGGCUCUCCACCACAGCAACGAUGCCCUUCGUCAGAACAUCUAUGAGAACUUCAUGCGUGAGCUGGAGACAGGGACUGGACAGGGCAGUAGUGGAGGAGGGGGAGCUGGUGAAAGGAGAGACCCAUCUACGGGGACAGAAGAGGGGGAGAGCAGCAGUGAGUCUGCAGGGGGCUCUCUGGAGCAGUUGGACUUGCUGUUUGAGAAGGAGCAGGGGGUGGUACGCAGGGCCGGCUGGCUGUCCUUCAAACCCCUCCUCACCCUGCAUAAGGACAGGAAGCUGGAGAUGGUCACACGCAGGAAGUGGAAACAGUACUGGGUCACCCUGAAAGGUUGUACCUUGUUGUUCUAUGGGAAGGGUUCUCCAGAGCAGGAGCUGUCUCCGCGCUACGCCCUGUUCGCAGAAGACAGUAUCGUCCAGGCCGUUCCUGAGCACCCCAAGAAGGAGAACGUCUUCUGUCUCAGCAACAACUACGGCGAUGUCUACCUCUUCCAGGCCAGCAACCAGACAGACAUGGAGAACUGGGUGACAGCCAUCCACUCUGCCAGUGCCUCUCUGUUCGCUAAGCGCCAUGGGAAGGAGGACACGCUUCGUCUGCUGAGGAGCCAGAUCAGAGGCCUGCUGCAGAAGGUAGACAUGGACGGCAAGAUGAAGAAGAUGGCUGAGCUGCAGCUGUCCAUCGUCAGUGACCCUAAGAACAGGAAGGCCAUCGAGAACCAGAUCCAGCAGUGGGAGCAGAACCUGGAGAAGUUUAACAUGGACCUGUUCAGGAUGCGCUGUUACCUGGCCAGCCUGCAGGGGGGCGAGCUGCCCAACCCCAAGAGCCUGUUAGCUGCAGCCAGCCGGCCCUCCAAAACCGCCCUGGGACGCCUGGGUAUCUUCUCUGUGUCCUCCUUCCACGCUCUGAUCUGUUCCAGGGAUGAGGCCACACUGAGGCGGCGCUCCAUGUCCCUGAGCCAGAGAUCACGUAACAAGAGAGGCCUCUUCUCCUCCCUCAAAGGCCUCGACAACUUCACCAAGAAGGGCCGCGACAAGAGGCCGUCUACAGAACAGAUCUUUGAAAGUGAUGAAGGCGGACAGGCCUUCUGCCUCCCACACACUAGUUCUGAGAGACUGGACAGCUUGGCCAACCACUACUCUCUGGCUCCCCCCGAGAGUGGCCUUUGGGAGAGCAGUGGAGAAACACUGACCUGUGUGUACAUGCCCGACAGCCACGCCAUCCAAGUGCCUAUGAGACGAGACCAUACAGUGGCUGAUGUCGUCUCCCUAGCCUGCAAGUUGAAUCAGCUGGACCCUAGCCUGCACUGCCUCAGACUACACAGAUGCUUGGCCCAGAACGUAGAGGUCCGCACCCCUGCACCAAGCGAACUACUACAUGACCUGUUGUAUGAUGAGCUUGAGGUGUUCCUGCUGAAUGUGUUCACCUUGCAGAUGACCAGACCUGCCUGCACUGGGGACUUUGGCUUUGCUGUGACAGGCCACAUAGACGGACAGAGGAACAGCCGCAUAUUUGUCAGUGAGGUGCUGUCUGAUGGACUGGCCUUUAGUGAAGGGCUGAGACCAGAUGAUGAGAUUGUGGUUCUGAACGGUCGAGGCGUGUCCACUCUGGACCUGGGUCUGAUCCAGAUGUUGUUUUCGGAGCAGACCCUCCAGCUGACCCUCAGACGGGAAGCCGUGUCCACCUCACCCCUAAACUCUGGUCCCUCGACCCCGACCCCACUUCUCAACCAAUCACAGCUGCUGCAGGACUUCCUGGACACACACCACCGCGCCAAGUCCAGCACAGAUGUCUCUUUGGUGCCAGAGGUCCCUGGUGAGUCCCUAGGCUCUGGGCUGGAGAAUCGUCUACAACACUCCCGCCACAGCCACAGGGCCGUACAACACAGCAAGAGCGUGGAGACGCUGUACCACACCUUCCAAGAGGGCUCCGGGGGCCUGAUGGAGGGCCACAAAGAUCCCCCAAACCCAGGGGCCGAGCCCACCCUACUCAGAACCUGCCCCCGACACAUGAGCUCCACCGAGAGGCUCAGCAAGGUCAUCCAGGAGCUGGUGGACACAGAGAAGUCCUACGUCAAGGACCUGAGUUGCCUCUUUGAGAUCUACCUGAAGCCCUUGCAGAAUGAGACCUUCCUCACUCUGGAUGAGAUGGAUAGUCUGUUUGGCAGCCUGCCAGAGAUGCUGGACUUCCAGCGGGUGUUCCUGCAGACGCUGGAGGAGAGGAUCGCCUCUUCACCUGACUUCCGAACGCUGGAGACCCCUGAGCAGUUUAAGAAGCUUCUCUUCUCUCUGGGUGGAUCCUUCCUGUACUACGCUGAUCACUUCAAACUCUACAGCGGUUUCUGUGCCAACCACAUCAAGGUCCAGAAAGUCCUGGAGAGAGCGAAGACUGACCUGGCCUUUAAGGAGUUUCUGGAUGCGAGGAACCCAACGAAGCAGCACUCGUCCACCCUGGAGUCCUACCUGAUCAAACCAGUCCAGAGAGUGUUGAAAUACCCUCUACUUCUCAGAGAGCUAGUGUCCCUUACUGACACAGACAGCGAGGAGCACUACCACCUCACAGAGGCCCUGAAGGCCAUGGAGAAGGUGGCCAGCCACAUCAAUGAGAUGCAGAAGAUAUAUGAGGACUAUGGCUCUGUGUUUGACCAGCUGGUGGCAGAGCAGAGUGGCCCUGAGAAGGAGGUCACGGAGCUUUCCAUGGGAGAAUUCCUCAUGCAUUCCUCUGUCGUCUGGCUCAACCCCCAUGUCUCGCUGGGCCGCAUGAGAAAGGACCCCGACCUGACCGUGUUUGUGUUCAAGAAGGCGGUGAUACUCGUCUAUAGGGAGAGCAACAAGCUCAAGAAGAAGAUGACCGCCCCUCGCUUGGCGCACUCCCAUGGAGACCUAGACCCCUUCAAGUUCCGCUGGCUCAUCCCGCUCUCUGCAUUGCAGGUCCGACUAGGCAACACUACAGGAACUGAGACGACCUGCAUCUGGGAGCUGAUACAUACCAAGUCUGAACUGGAGGGAAGGCCAGAGACUGUCUUCCAGCUGUGUAGCAGUGUCCCAGAGUGCAAAGUCAACAUUAUCAAGGUUAUCCGCUCCAUCCUCCGGGAAAACGUCAGGCGGAACAUGCGCCCGGCCGAGAGGGGGUGUAAGGAGCGCCUCACGCCUCUACGCAGCACCCUGCCCUCCUCUGCCCGGAUAGGUUCGACCAGAGCCUCCUGGCUGUGUAAGCAGCCCCUGCUGGAUCUCCCCUCACCAACCAGCACACUGAAACCUGGCCAACCUGACUCUGACGAGGGCAGCCUGAGCAGCGGCACCCACAGCACCUCUGGCGCUCCCCCAGCCAACGGUCCCACACAGCCGAAGACACUGCCCACCCGACAGGCCUGGUCCCGGGGCUCCCUGGGUAGCCAGCGCUCCUCUGUCUCUAGCUCUGUGAAGGAGUCAGACAUCUUGAGUGAUGAGGACGAUGAUGAGUUCAGUGAGUCUGGGGGGCGGCAGAAGGGGCAAGGGAGCUCCCCGACGAGCGCCAUCGAGGCCCAGUUUCUCAGUCUGAGGCUGUCGGAGGAAGCGGCGUCCUCCCGGGCGCCGGCUCCCCGCGUGCAGCCAGAGGGAGCGGAGGUGGACACCCCGGAGAGCCCGGCCAAACUGGUUCAGGGCCACAUCUGCCCCGUGAAGAGGAAAGGCAGCAGCAGCCUGCGGCAUGGCCAGGGUGAACACAGCCGUUCCCUGGACAGCCAGACAGAUGUGGCAACGAUGGACCUCAACGCUCUACUGGAGAGAGAGUUCAGUGUGCAGAGCCUCACCUCCGUGGUUAACGAAGACUGUUUCUACGACCCUACGGACUCCUCAGACACCACAUACACUGGCAGUGCCCCCAACGCCUCGUAGGGUCAGGGAUGGACACAAGGAGAGGAAGAAGGACCAAACCUCUGCCCAGCCCCCUGCUCCCUGCCUCGGGGCAAUCCCAGUUCUGUUCUGUCCUAGUCCCAGGGUAUCACAGGGUUCUGUUGUGCCUCAGCUCUGAAGUUAAACUGUGUUCCUGUGAGUGCAUACAGUAGGCUGGUCGUUCCAUGAAAUUAGUCCUUUUGGGAUAACUUGGGGGGGGUUUAUUUCACCUAAUUUUAACAUUGUCAUGAAGAGCACAUGUUCUACAAUGUGCAAUGUAUAGUAAGUGCCAAAUAUAGUAACAGGGUUGAGGAUUUCAUCUUAAAUCAGACAUAAAUCCCCUUGUGACUGGGGAAAUGGAAGCAUGCUGUGUGCAACAGGGAGGGACAAUUUAAUGCAAACUUCACAAAAAAAAUGUCUAGCCUGUCUGAGUAACACGUUGAAUGUGUUAUGCUCGAGCCACUCAGUUUUCCACCACAAAUCACCAGAAAAUGGCACAAAAUAGUACAACUAGCUCACCUGCUUUUAAACUUUUAUUUGUCUAUUAGGUGUUUCUUUGUGUAAACCUUUGACUGGUACUGUAUUUAAAAAGGAGUAGUUUCACCAUAUUAAAAUGGGAGUUCACUUCAAGUAACAGAGUCGAUCUUAAAAUGAGGGACAGAGGUAAAUGAAUCACUAAUCGCAUUAAAUGAAUCCUCUUCAGAAAUGACUGCCAAAGCAACAAAAUAAGUAGGGCUUUACAAUGGUGGUGAAAUUUGGAGAAAUGUAGUAGGUUAACAUCUUUCUAGAAGUCAUAUAUGGUACACAUCAAAAUGCAUAUUUAUUGAAUGUUCCAAGUUGGGCACUUCAUUUCAUACAACAGGCUUUUAAAAUACAAUAUUGGUGCACAGUUUCUACUGAAAAUAUCAAAGGGAUGAAUUACAUUUACAUUUACAUUUAAGUCAUUUAGCAGACGCUCUUAUCCGCAUUACGUGGAACGACCAAGGCAGAUCCCACCUGCUUAGCUAUGCACAGGUGUCAAAGGACAGAUGAGUUGGUUUCCCCCCUAGAGAGAGACGAGGUGACUCUGUCCCUGAUAAUGACGGCAAGGAAUCUGCCGAGCACUGAUGCACAAUGUAGCUCCGCCUCCACCCAGCGCUCUACUGUGUAUGCCUCACUCUCCCCUUCUCUAAGGGGCCAUCUCAAUUGGCUUCCUCCCCUCGUCUCCUCGAUAUAGGAGAGGUGAGUAUAAUUUUGAUGGAUAGACUUUGCUCUCAUCAGUCAGAGGAAAUGAGAUGAGGAUGCCACUUGAGAUUCACCCUAAAAGAUUCACUUUCUGUAGGAGUUAGGGCUCUAGUUCAAUCUGUAUCGCUGGAAGUUCAGCGUUACGGGAUUGAACUUAUUAAAGGGAAUGUUCCCGUGUUAGCGAAGACUGCAUUCUGGGUAAAUGUUGCAUAUGUUCAAUUAAGCUUAUGUUUCUAAGCUUAGUCUGUGAUGCUUUAUCAAUAGACUGAACAAAGCCCUUCAUCUGAAUCAACAGGAUUGAAUGGACAUAGAUUUUUAUUGCGACUCUGCCUUUCUGUAUUUUGUGCACUAAAGUACACUGUUUGCCUAUAUUUGAAACAUCAUGGGAUUUGUGUUCAUUUUUAAGCAAUGUUUAUUUAUUGAUCUGCAAAAUAAAUGGGGUUAAGGCUUGAAUUGAAGAAAGUUUCUCCCAAUUAGAUGUGUAUUGAAUGAGUAUGGUUGUCGUCCUCCUAACGCGUAGCUUCCAGUGUGUACAGGCGUUGUCAAAUAAAACGGCAUGAUUUCAUUGAAACCAUGCGUUGUCAACUUGCCCUGUUUGCAGCUCCCAUACGUUUAUUUUCUAUGUACUUGUGUACAUAUUUUUCCAGAAUAGCUGUACUGUAAGUUAAUUUGAAUCUUUUAUAUUCUUACACAUACUUGACAUUUCUACAGGUAGAUACGGCUGUAAUUUGCAAUAAAUACAGUACCACAAGUAGUUUGGGUAUAUUUUUGUAAAGGUAUUUUAUUUUUUAGCCGUUGCAUCUUGAAGCUACUGUUUGCCCUCGACUCCACUUUGACGCUUGCGUACCAAUGAAUGUGAAAAGCCCCUUUUCUUAUGGAACUGUUUUAUAAAUAAACGUUAUCUGCGAGA